AUGCACAACGCUGAUGUUGAUGUAACCAUGCCACGCGCCUCCCAUUCCUUUGAUAGAUUGCCAACGGGUAAGAUUGAAGGAGAUAUCGACCUCAUAAAGUCUCCACAGAGACACUCUUCUUCUAGGUUUGAACCUUCCUCAUACACUGAAAUCACCAAGUUACCCUCGUUUGAUGAAGUACCUGCAGAUAGAAGACUGGAGUUAUUCAUCCUGAAAGUGGACCAGUGUAACGUUAUGUUUGACUUUAACGAUCCUUCCUCUGAUAUCAAUGGUAAGGAGAUCAAAAGAGUCACGCUACAGGAACUGAUUGAAUUCAUCUCGAGCAAUCGUUUUACAUAUACUGAUGAGAUGUACAAACACGUUGUGGAUAUGUUCAAGACAAAUUUGUUCAGACCUAUACCACCUCCUGUCAACCCAAUUGGUGAUAUUUACGACCCAGAUGAAGAUGAACCAAUCAACGAAGUUGCAUGGCCUCAUAUGCAAGUGGUGUAUGAGUUCUUUUUAAGAUUCUUGGAGAGCCCUGAUUUCAACCACACUUUGGCUAAGCAGUACAUCGAUCACGAUUUCGUUCUCAAUUUAUUGGAGUUGUUCGAUUCUGAGGACCCAAGAGAACGUGAUUGUUUAAAGACAACUCUGCACAGAAUUUACGGUAAGUUCUUGUCACUCAGAAGCUUCAUUAGAAGAUCAUUUAACAAUAUCUUUUUGCAAUUCAUCUAUGAAACUGAAAGGUUUAACGGAAUUGCAGAGAUAUUGGAAAUCUUGGGUUCCAUUAUCAAUGGUUUUGCCCUUCCAUUGAAAGAAGAGCACAAGAUCUUCCUUGCUAGAGUCAUGCUCCCGUUGCACAAAGUUAGAUCAAUCUCUUUAUACCAUCCUCAGUUGGCCUAUUGUAUAGUGCAAUUCUUGGAGAAAGAUCCAAUGCUUACAGAAGAGGUGAUCAUGGGUCUAUUAAGAUUCUGGCCAAAAACCAACUCUACAAAGGAGCUCAUGUUCCUCAAUGAGAUUGAAGAUAUCUGUGAAGUCAUUGAGCCUUUAGAAUUCAUCAAGAUUGAAGUUCCACUUUUCGUCCAAUUGGCCAAAUGCAUAUCAUCCCCACAUUUCCAAGUUGCUGAGAAGGUAUUGAGCUACUGGAACAACGAAUACUUUUUGAACCUUGUCACAGACAAUGCCGAAACGAUCCUACCGAUCAUCUUCUCAGCUCUCUAUGAAAUUUCAGCAGCAGAUCAAAAUGGACAAAUGAAGAUGACCGACGAUGAUGAUCUCCAGAGCAUCUCAUCCUCUGGCAAUUGGAAUAGAACUAUCCAUUCUUUGGCUUACAAUGCGUUGAAAAUCUUUAUGGAUUCAAAUCCAAUCUUGUACGACCAUUGUGUCUUGUUAUACCAUCAAUCUCUUGAGGAGAACAAGAAGAGAGAGACCGAGAACAAACAGAAAUGGGCAUUACUCGAAGAGAGGGUUCAAAAGAUGAAACAAGAAAACGGGACAUUAUCAUGA